GCCUUAAAUUCCACAAAUAGGCGUUUCCAUGGUAACAGCACCACCUUUUUCUGUCAAACGUUAUCGUAAAAAGUUUUUUAGUGGAUUAUUGUAGUGUUUUAAUACAAAACUUUUAUUAAAAAUUAGAAACUUUAAUAAUUUGUGACAUCCUUUACACAUAUCGCGCGCGCACGUAUCGAUUUUCAAAUAGUGGAUACAAAAAUGAAGGUUAUAUUGCUCGUUGCAAUUUUAACAUUUUCCACUUGCCAAAGUGCAGUUUUAUUGUGGAGUACCAAUAAAUUGGAAAUUUCGCCUUUCAAUGACUUCAAUGACGAAAAUUUGCAAGAUUUGGUCCAAAAAUUGGGAUUUCCCGAUGUCACAGUCUACAGGAGCAGUCACGAAUUGUUGCCAAAAUUCGAAACUUUAGUGAAGGAAUACCGCAGAGCUUACAAUCCUAAUGGGGACAUCACGACGGAAAAUGCUACAGAAAUUUCAACAGACGAAGACUUUGCACUUAUUGAAGCCAAACAACGAUUGGAUUUGAUGGCCGGAAAUAACACUCUAUCAGUGUUGUAUCUUCCAAGUGAACGUUAUAAAAGGUCUGUUCCCACUACCACUGAGAAUCCCGAUACUUCUAAAGAGCCGGUCCUCUACAAAGGCACCUUGAAGAAGAACAUAUUCACGCUUUUGUACUCUUCUCAUCCCUUAGUAUUGCACCAAGAUGACGGAGCAGAAGAGCCUGUGAGUUUUACCCUUGGGGAGAGUCGGAUGGUAACAGUCGACUCUCCUGGCAAAGACUCCUACACCAAGCUUUACGUCAAAGUCCCGGUCCAAGAUAACAAUUUCGUUAUCUUGCAGUUUUUUUUCUAUUGGUUUAAAACCUACUGGUCCUUGACUUCGGUUAAAGUGUCGACAACUAACGGAAAUUUUUCGACCACUUUGAACAUAACCGAGCCUUUCCUAGUUCCUGCCGGUUUUUCGUACCAUUGUAAUGGUUUAACAACUUUCAAAGAUAACUCAAAGACAGAAUUGCGAAUCUACGAUUUACAAGUGCAGAUUGAUUCGAAAAAUGGCUUGUUUAGUGACGCUUAUGACUGUAUUGAUUUCACAACGGUCCCAAUUUGGUCAGGAUUAUUCGUCACAGGACUCCUAGGAAUCGGGCUUAUUAUCGCCCUGACGGCGAUAAACGACAUCAAAACGAUGGAUAAAUUUGAUAAUUACAAGACCAAACAACUCUCAAUCACAGUUAAUGAAUAAAAUCUUUAAUAAAUAAUUUAACUAUUUACAUAUGAUUGUCGGACGGCACUUGAGACAUAUCUUUAGCUGUUUUUUAAUGAUUUAUGUAAUAAAAAUACAGUCGCAGGUACGAUUAACAAUAAGACGGAAUCAUGAAAUGCGACUGCGAGGUGUGUAGCGGUUGGCCAUCUUUCGGACACACAGUCAAGCUACAAAAAAAUAUAUAACACAAAUCAAGUCAACGUUGUGAAGUACCUCUGUCUGAUUUCCAGAGCGUCAAUUGUUAUUUUUUCGAUAUAUAUUUUUGGGACGGCCAAAAGUCGCCAUGUCAGGGGAUUGAGAUAGCUACUUUGGUACCGCCAUUCGACUUCAACAGCUUUGAUUUUCUUGAUUUCGGAGGUUGGUACCACAGCUGUGUAGAUUUUACCGGGUUCGUGGUACCCACCUUUGUUUAGUGGUACCGUGUGCGAUUUUGGACCUUUACCAUCGGUUGUUUCAUGCAUUGUGAAGAAUAGUUGGCCCACUUCACCGCCAUGUUGGAUACUUUCGCCAGAAUUUGAUAUUUUUACUGUUAUUCUGUAAUGGCCACCUGUAAUAAAUGUGUAAAUAAAAGUAUUCCCUCAGA